AUGCUGCAGCGGUGCGUCGACGUGAUCGACACGGUCACACCACGUGCAUUGCCGCUGCUGCUCGACUUGAUUGCGCAGCUCUUUCGCGUCGCGCCGCUCUACAAGCAGACGUUUCUGGACAUGGCGCUGACAAGCGCACUCGUGCACUGCCUCACGCCGCACAGCCGCACGCACUUGGUGCCGGUUCUGCGCUUUCUCUGGGACCUUGCUCGCAACGAUGCGAGCGUCGCGCUCGAUCUCGUCGAUGACGCGACGCUGCUGCGACAAAUAUUUGCAUUGCUCCAGCUCCCCAUCGUGCACAACCCCACCUUUCAGUGCCUUGCGCUCAAGCGCCCAAGUGACGCGCAGCUCGACGUCAUCAUCGCUGCGACGCAGGUGCUGUGUGUCGUCACGUCGGCGACCCGGGCCGCGCUCAUCGUGCUGCAUGCCCUCGAGUUACAAUGGACCAAGGUCGCGCCGUCUCCAAGUGCAGAGGGCAUGUGCCCACGGAGCACUCCGAACACGCGCCCGCUCCUGCGUACGGUGCUCGACUUGCUCGCUGUCUCGCCGUCAGCGGAGCUGAAGCAGUCGCUUCUCGCCUUGACGCAGCAUUUGGCGCGUGCGAUGCCGUCCGUGACUGUCGCGCGGCUCUGUGACCACGGCGGUAUCCUCGUGCUCUUUGACUGCCUCUUUGAGACGACCGGCGCCGUCCAAGUCAUGGUCCUUAAACUUUUGCAGCUGCUGAUGGACGUGUCGGGGCCCCGGGGCGCGGACCCGUCGGCCCGCCACGCCUCGAUUUCACCUCGCAAGUCUGUCCUGCAAUCGAUCGGUCAUUCGACGACCAACGCGACGCGCUUCUCGAUGGCCGUCGCCGUGUCGUCGGAAGUGAAGCGGCGCACGGCGCUCCGCCCGGCCGAGACAGGGCACCGGAGUCUACUGACCGAGAGCAGCGGCCCGCUCGAAUCGGUGGCGUUGAUUUCGGCUCGGAUCGCCUUCUUUGGCGCCUUGUACCCGAUUUACGACCACCGAUUGGACGAAAUGACACUUGGCAAUCAAACGACCGAAGUCGACUUCGUCUGGAUCGAAGACAUGCUUCGGCGCCUCGUGGUCUUUGGGCAGCUCUCAUUUGCGGAGCUGCACUUGGUCAGUCGGUGCAUGGUCAUUCAUCGCGUGCUGCCUUCACGGUCCGUCAUCACCGAGCCGGGCCUCUAUGUCAUCACAACCGGCAAAGUGUCGUGGCACCUCGACGCGUCGCCGUUGAUGCCGCAUAUCCUCGAGAGAGGGUGCAUGGUCGGAGUCUCGAGCUGUGUCGGCGGCGCCCCGGAGCGCGCGAUCGCCAUGAGUGGUGUCGUCAGCCUCGUGCUCUUGAAAGCAACGAUCGAGUCGGCGCUACCAAGACCCAUCCAGCAAAAGCUUCUCGGUGGCAUGGACCGUAUCCGGGGCAUGUACGCGACCGACCGGCGCCCCGACCAUGGAACGUACCUUGCGCGCUUCAAGGUGUCGCUCAUGGCCCCGCCACUGGUCGGUGCGAGCUCGAUCCUGCUGGCGACGAUGCUACACGCCGUGGCGGCGCCAAAGGAAGCGAGUCGGAUCAACCCGUGGCUCCUCGUCCACCUCAUUGACGACAUUGCACAAUGGCACGGCCCGGUACCGCCCGACUUGGUGUCGGCCGUCGUCGUUGCCGCCGCCGCCGUGCUCUCGUCGCAGGCGCACCACGACACCCACCGCAUUCUGUUGACGCUAGGCCGCCGCCAUGGCGCGGCGGGUGCGACGUUCUUCGCGUCGGCGUUUCUAAAGCCGAUCGACGAUCUCGUUGCGCCGACCGACGUCCCGUUGUGCAAUGCAUUAGGUCAAGUGCUUUUGGCGCUGGCUUCAUACCAUUGCGAGACGACAGCCGAGUGUUCUUUGAGCAGCCAUCUGUGUCGCUGCACGCUUCGCGCCCGGAGCACCAUCCUGCAGAGCCUCAACGUGCGCUGGCUGGACGCGGUCAUGACACUUUUCGAGGAGCAGCCGCUGCUGCCGCGGCUCGACUACCGCGUGCUGUACCGCGUCUUGCGCAAACUCUUUGGCGCCAACAACUUUCAGCUCGCGUCGUACCUCACGAGCCUCACACCGCGACGACUAGUGCAUUCGUUUGUCGGCGAUGUGCUCAACCUCGCCGAAGACGACGCGAUCGAAGCUCAAAAACUACUGCUGACGCUAGCCCGGCACCCGGACCUUCGCAACCUUAUCGUGUGCCACUCCGACGUUGUCGAUGUCGAUUCGGAAUGGAGUCGCCAGCAACGGGCCGCGAUACGUAGUGGGUCCCUCCACGCGCUCGAGUUGCUCUCGUGUUUAUGCUGCGCGACGACGCCGGAUGGUGUGCCCCACCUCAUCGUGCCCAUCUACAAAGCGCUUGUUGGCGACCCCGCCACGCUCGAUGUGCUCGCCGUGAACGCUGCCGACGGCACCAUGAAGCGCAGCCUCGCGGCCGUCCAGUCUCUCCGGAACCUCUGUGUUGCCACGAUGCGGCUCGAGGCUUGUCCAUUGCCGGCCUGGGACCAUUCGCUGCGUGCCCACGCGACGCUGCUACCGUCGCUUCUCCAUGCGCUGCGCGUCGCGCCGUCAACACCGUUUCCGUUCAACCACAGCAGCCGACUGCUCGUACUCGCAGAGGUACUACUCUACAGCUGUCGGCGCGGCCUCCACCUUGCGCUGGACGCCUUUGACCUCGCCCACUCGUGCAUUGCGCAGCUGCAGUCGCUGCUGGACGUUCCUAUUCUCGGGUGCGUCUUGGAGAACGCUCGGACUCGACUGGCGCGCGUGCUGGGCAACAUACUCGUCGCGCCGCCGCCUUCGCUUCAUAUGGCGCAGUGCCACAGCCUCGCGUACAUGCUUUUGGAGACGACGUCGGCGGCUUUCAGUCAGCGACACGAAGGGCUGCUUCGCGUGCUCGUCCGGCUGCUGGCGUGUCUACCAAGCUGCGCUUGGUUUCAAUCGCUGCAGAUUCCACCGGGCACCGUCGACAUCGCGGUCGCGGCCGUCUGCCUUGUCAUGGAGAUCACACUCAUGCCGUGGGACUCGAUCAAGCACGUGAGUGCACUCUGUGUCGCCGCGCUCUGCGACCUGCCUCGGGUCGCCGACGUUCUCACGCAGGAUGUAUAUGUCGCCAAGAUCUGUGCGACGCUCCGGAGCGGCUGCGUCGGCAUGCAAGGGUUUGUCUCGGUGCUCGCUCGCUUAUGUGAAACACCGACAAUGCGUCUCCGGCUGCUCUCGUACCCGGCUUGCGUGGCGUCGGUUGAGCACAUUUUACCGCUGCUCCACGAGCACGCGUGUAGCGUCGAUGCGGCCUAUGUACUCUGGACUCUCUGGCGCACGCAGCGCAAGACAUUCCACGAGCGACUCGUUAUUUCACCGAGUACGACGGACGCACUCUUGAUGCUACUGCAGCCGUCCGUGCCUUGGCUCGAAACCUCGGCCGAUAAGCGCUGUCAUGUCGCCGCCGGCGCUUUUUUAGAGCUCUGGCGGGGGGCUGAUGUACCGGCUACAACCUGGGUUGGCGUUGUGCAGCAAACCAGCGCGCACGUGUCACGAUGGAGCUCGGAAGAUGCGCCGCCGCAUCAGAUGCUCAAGGUGCUCUCGGCGCUUCUAACAGGUCAUGCUGGCGCCAUGCUGAUUGUGCACGUACAACGCAAACGCCAUUUGCCAUGGGGAACACUCUGGACGGCCGCAGGUGCCAAGGACAGCUACUACCUGCAUCUCGCCGCCUUCACGACGGCCUUUCUGCGACUCGAAGCAUCGGCACCCGUUCGAACCCACGUGCAGACUCUGCUUGGCGAGACACCGCAACUGUGGUCGACGACCGCCCCUUCCAUGCUCCACGGCACAAGCAACGCGAGCCUUCUUUGCAUCUUGCGGCUCUUGUACCGAGCGUGCCUCGGCCAUCGGGACAACACGAUUCGAGUCGUCGCCUUCUGGGACCGCUGCCGAAGUCUGGUCACCGAUGCAUGCACCGUCGUUGAGAUCCCUGAUCUUGUGUGCCGGCUGUGGCAACUCGGAUUCCGCGCCUGUCCGUCGGCGGCGCAAGACAAGGCGGUCUUGCUCUCGUUUGCGCUCUAUCGGCAGCUGCACAGCGUGAGCAUCGAUUCGAUCGACUCGCGUCGCGUUGCGACCCGCGUGUGCCGCACGUACACCCGCCUCUUGCGGCUGGCACCGCGCUUGCAACCACCGCCCGACGUCCAGACCCUGCUCUCGCCGCUCCUGGAGCGUCACGCCUCCGCGAUGACGCUCGCUGCCGUGACGCUCGGUGUAGAAUGCGCGAAGCGGUUGGGGACACCGACGCCCAAGCCUAUUGUUGACCAUGUUCUUUUGCUUCUGUGCCACCAUGUACCCCAUCCUGUCUACUGGGAUGCGUUCCUCUUGGCGGCGCAGGCGGCGACGCAUCGCCUCGACACGACCGAGAAAGACCAUACGUGGGUGACUCUACUGGAGCAUGGUAGGGUACUCAGCCAUGCAUCGACCGAUGUCGAUAUCGUGUUUCGGUAUCUCGACGUUUCAACGGCCCCCGACAAGCUUUUAGAGGCCGCGGAGCGUAUCGUGGCUACCACCACGGACCCAAGCGAGCGGUCGUGGUGGCUCCAUGUGCUUCGGUGCUGCGCAAUGAUGAACCCAAGAGAUACCGAGCACAUUACCUCGUUCGUACUCGGUGUCGUCGAUGUCGUGACCGCUGCCGUGCAGAGCAACGCGCCACCGUGCGUUCGAGAUGCAGCCGCAGCACUUCUGUCCGAGCUUCUUCGUCACCGCCAAUCGGCCCUCGCAGCGUAUACAUCAUCGUUGCUGCCAUCCCUCCUUGCCACAGUCACAUUGUCGCUUGCGCAUUGCACAGAAAACGUGACAGCGAUGGUGCGAUUGGUGUCGCAGCUUCUCGACGACACGAACGAGGCGCGCACGAUGCUAGCGCCGCAUCUACCACGGUUGCUUCCGGUGCUUUGCGACCGACUACUGCAUGCGUUACGGCACAACCAUCUCCAAGAGGCAACGGACCUCAUGCAGCUCGUCGUUGGCAUUCUCGACUGCCAUCGGCACGGGUACAACUCGUCAACCGACAAGUUGGUCCUGGCGUCUGCGACGCUGCAGUGCUGUCUGGAGCUGGCCAUCGUCAAGCGAUCGGCCUCGGUCCUUGUCGCACGCUGCCUGCGCGCCUCGUGGUACCUUGCAGACGUCGCACCGGCAUUGUAUUUGCCCUUGUCGACCAUCCCACUCAAGCGUCAGCCGAUGAUCGGGCAGCUAUUGGUGCAGCACAUCGUGACGCAUACAGCGUCGACCAACCCGCGUGACGCGGAGCUGUUCUUGAAUUGUCUCGCUGCCUUGUUGCACCCAAGAAUCGGGGUUCCGACCUGGUUGUACGAGGCCCUUGUUCGAGGCGGUGGUGUCGCACAAACACUCGACCAACUGCCGUUGCUGCACGCGGCACCGGCAUCGCUCGCGGCAUGCCUGACGAUCCUAUCCCACCUCCUGCUCGCCCACAAACCGACACGCGACCGGGCGAUACGCAGCCGCAUCGCGCCAUUCUUGAUGGCACCCACGCAGGUCGUGGCGGUGGCGGCGCUACGCUGCUACUGGGUCCUCCACCGCCAAGACUUUUCUCCCGAUACAAAGCGGCAUUUGCUGUCUGUUUUGGCGACGGUGGAGAAGCCGUCAGAGGCGUCGUACGGACUCUACGCCGUUGUAUUGACCGCGCCGACGGUUGACAUUGAGAGCCUGCACGCCACACGCGGAUUCCGCGUGCAUCUCGAUGCCAUGACACAUCAUGUCGAGCGCGCGGUUGUGCGAGAACGGGCGAAAUUUCUUUGGCGGCUCGCGGUUGUGGCCCCGGAUUUUGUCGGUGCGCAUCACCCUUCAACGGCACACCUCGUGCAGAGUCUGUCCAUUCCCGGUUCCAAGGCUGCCCUCUACGCACUGCAAGGGCUGCGUCAAUUGACAUCGUCCUUGGACUUGCAAGAUGUCAUCGUCGCGAUCCAACCGCAUCUCUGGUACGGCUUGACCAACACGGAAGACGUUUUGUCCCGAGGUAUCGACAGUCGCCGCAAGACCCAGGGCGCACUGGCGAUGCUCAACGUGGGCCACGCACUGAACCUCGCCGCCGCCUAUCUCGACGCGCUUCCGAUUUGUAACCGGCACAAGCGAAGUGUCCGUGGAGCCGUUGAAUUGUUUCAAUUGCUGUUGCAUCUCGCCCAUCAUGGCCCGUGGACGCGGCAAGCGCUGGCCAUGGACAUCGCGGCUCGCCUCUUUGAGCGUGUGCGCUGUGAGACGGCUUUCAUCGAUGGCACUCACCGUACGCUCGACGCUCUCUUAAAGUGUCUACACAUCCCGCGACUGCAAGUCCCGGGGCUACAUCUGCUUGCCGUCGCCAGCACGAGCCCCUGGGUGCAAGCGGCCGUACUUGCCUCCGACGGUGUGCUGGACCGCCUCCUCGCACUUCUUCGACACAAUAGUCUUAUGGCGCCGCUCGUGUGGCGCAUCUUGGCCCAUUUGGCGGCGUCCGAGCGCCAACCGCUACCGAUGCUCUCAGUGCUUGUCGCUGCGCACGUUUGGAUCGACGUUCGGUCGUAUGACAUCAACACCCACCGGGAUGUUGCACGAACGAUUGCGUCGCUGGCCAAAGAGCCUAAGUGCGUCCCCGAGAUACUUCGCCUUCAGAAUAUGCUAAGCCUCCUGCACCGGGACUGCGAUGUCGACAUUGCGCUGCUUGAGACGCAGCUUUGUAUCGUCGCGUUCGGAGGCGCCAGCCAUGAACUGUCGGCGCUCACGUCGGUGGUCCUGUGCCUUGACGCCGUGUUUUCGUACGACCACGGUGCGUGCGACGCCCUCGACAAAGGCCUCACUGCAACGACGGUGGCCCUCACGCAGCUUGUCGCAACCUUUUACGCGUGCGCGGCCGAGCACGACGAGGGACCACAUGUCGAGGCGAGCGGCUCCAAGCUGCGCCCGCAGAUCUACGUCGGCUGCAACGGCACACCUCUGUCGUCGCCGAGCAUCUACGUACAACUGUUUCGGCUCUGGGACCUCGCGUGCAGCCAUCCCCACCGCGGUGUCGCUAGUGUCUCGUGGAGCGCCGUCCUGCGCAUGCUCUUGCAUAUCACGCGGGCGUCAACCAGCGGCUGCUUUCUCGUCGCCGAAGCAAGUACGUUGCGGUUUCUGGCGUCGCACGUCGCAACGUCGACGGUCGACCAGUGCGUCGACGUCUGCGACAUUUUGCAUGCGGUCGUGCGGGUGCGAGCGAUUGCAUUGCAGUUUGCCCGCGAAUCGUCGACGUCUCCGUCCUUGGUCCACUUGCUUUUGGCCGCGGUCACGCAAAGCUUGCGUGGACCCCGGGGCACCGAUCAUCCGUUUGUGCCAACACUGCCGCCUUUUCUUACAACCCUAGCCCUGCUCUGCGAGCACCCGCCGUUUUUGCACGCGCCUUUCUCGACGGACGAGAGCCCUCCCAUGCGCCGGCCGUGGGCCCACGCGACGCUGGCGGCCAAGCUCUUUGUACGUUUGUGUACCGUGCACAGCCUCGACACGCUCAACGCAGAGAUGACGCGCGCGACCAGUGACCUCCGCGGCCUCGGCCUCACCAAGGUCCACACUGCGCAGACGCUACUGCACGCCGUGUACCUGACCAACUUUGAGUUUGAGAUGCACUUGCGCGUUCUGGUUCGCGUUGUGCACUCGGUACUCGUGCGCAUGGCGGCCCUCGGACGCAUCGACAAGGGUGUGCCUGGCCUCUUGCACGACCACGGCCUCACCAAUCUCUUCCUCCUCUCAAGAGCGUACAUCGAUGAAUGCGAAAAGCACGGCGACGGCUGGGCGACGCGGAGUCAGUGGGCCCACGCGAUGAAGGAAGAGCACGUCAAGUACUGCGCGGAUGGCUACGAGGCCCUUUACGCUGCGUUGGAGAGUGCGAACCGCGACCCGCAACUGAUUGUCGCUAUCGAGAGCACGCGGCAUGCGACCAUCGUGCUUGGCAAGCAGCCCGUCGGCGGCGGCGAGUGACGUGCAUCUGUUCUUUCAGCGCAUCGAACACAUUGGCGAGUGGAUCAUUCUGUGUCUUGAGAGCCCCGAGAUGGACGUCGGCUACUACACCAACCAGAUUGAAGCGCUGUGUCGCAGUGUGCGUCACCUCUUGAGCAGCCACAAGUCGCACGAUUUCGGUCCAUCGAUGACACCUGCGACGGACCCGAAGUACCCGGUGUGCAUCGAGCUGCGCCACGUUCACCUGCACUCGUGGGUGUGGGCGCUUCUUGGGUCCCGCCCCUAUGUGCGCCUUGGCGUUGGCAGGAAGCACGCAUACUACAGUUGCCACAUCGGUCGACCGACGAGUUGUUCGCAGCACCACCACCGGUGCGGCAACUACGACGUGACCGACGGCCACCUCGUUGUCGAUGCCAA